AUGGCAGCCCUGCUGGACAGAGAUGGGAGAGGGUUCCACGUCCUCACUCCUGUGCUGGAAAGCGCCGCCCUGUCCAAGGCUGCAGGCACCAAGGUCUACAUGAAACUGGAGAAUGUCCAACCUACUGGCUCGUUCAAGAUUCGGGGGAUUGGCUACUUCUGUCAGGAGGCCGCCAAGAAGGGCUGCAAACAUUUUGUUUGUUCAACAGGGGGGAAUGCUGGCUUUGCCACGGUCUACGCUGCCAAGAAGCUGGGGAUCCCUGCCACCAUCAUAGUGCCAACGAGCACCCCCCAGGCCACAGUGCAGAAGAUGGAAGAGCAGGGGACGGAGGUGCAGGUCUUUGGGAAGGUCUGGGACGAUGCCUACGCAAAAGCCUUGGCGUUAGCGGAGACCGAAGGCUGGGUCAGCAUCCAUCCCUUCGACCAUCCUUUGAUCUGGCAAGGCCAUGCCAGCAUGGUCAGGGAGCUGAAGGAUUCGCUAGGCCACAAGCCGGGCGCCAUCGUCCUGGCGGUGGGUGGUGGAGGGCUGCUAGCUGGAGUGGUGGCCGGCCUGCAGGAUGUGGGCUGGCAGGAUGUACCCAUCAUUGCUGUGGAAACCAAAGGAGCUGACAGCUUCAAUGCAGCACUCAAGGCUGGGAGAUUGGUCACCCUGCCGGAGAUAACCAGCGUGGCCAAAUGCUUAGGAGCCAAGACGGUGUCUGCCCGGGCACUGGAAUGUGCCAGCGAAUGCCAGGUCAUCUCCCAGCUGGUGGAGGAUGUGGAAGCAGUCCAAGCCGUAGAGCUGUUCCUAGAUGAUGAGCGGAUGCUGGUCCAGCCGGCCUGUGGAGCCCCUCUGGCCUUGCUCUACACGGGUCGUGUUCAACAGCUGCAGCGGGAAGGGCACUUGAACCCGGGCCUGGACUCCAUUGUCGUCAUCGUGUGCGGGGGAAGCAGCAUCCAACUGGCUGGGCUCCAGGCCCUGAAAACCCAGCUGGGCAUGAAAUGACAGCGGAUGCCAACCCCAGGCAGGGCUGGCUCUACUGUUUUUGCCGCCCCAAGCAGCGCGCCGAAUUGCCGCCACUGACGGCAGGGAAAGUCUGUGUGCUGUUAGGGCGGCGCGCGCAUUUCCGCGGCGGCAGCAGUUCAGUGGCUUCUGUCUUCUGUCUGAAGACAGAAGCUGCUGCUGCAUUGCCGCCAUGGGCAGCUGAACAUAGGAGCUGCUGCCGAAUUGCCGCCACUGCGAAAUGCACAAGCCACCCUAACAGCACACGGACUUUCCCCGCCGUCCGGCGGCAAUUCGGCACGCUGCUUGGGGCGGCAAAAACACACACACACACUGCCGCCCCUUGCAGAUUGCUGCCCCAAGCACCAGGACAGCUCACGGGGCAGGGGUGCAUGGGAUCCCAGGCAGACACUAAUAAAUCAUAUUGUUGUGUUAUUGUAAGUGGAAUCUAAUGGAAUUCAAAGCAGUUUAUAGAAUAAAUACCAAGCUACUCUUGGAUCCUGAGCUCCCCACUGACUGCUUUAAUACUGCUGGAUGUGGCUGCUUGCUCUGUGUGUCCUGGGUAGGAAUGAAGGAGGAGUCAGCUGAGCAACUCUAUGAGCUGUGCCAUUUGGGAAGGUACUUUAGGGCACCCACUGGAGGUAGGAAAGUUAUGGAUUGUGACUAUCCAUCACUGUGGUUUUAACCUAUCUUUCUCAGUGUGAAUCGUUCACGGCUGAUGCUGAUUUCUGUUAUUCACAGAGCUUUAGUUGCUGAAUAAUUCUCAGACAGUGGGGCAAAAUGUUCUUGUCAGCUCUUCGUUAUUUGUGAUUGGUCACCAGUCAUAACAGAGUUGUUUCUGCUUCCUGGUUGGAUGACUGAAACUUGUCUAGCUAGCAAAUAAAGGACAGUGACU